AUGGCAACGGCCCCGGAAAGCCGCGGCGAAUUUCGAGUUGCUAUAAUAUGCGCACUGCUAUGUGAGUUCAAUGCCGUCAGCCAUCUUUUUGACAGCUUCUAUGAUUUAAAACAAGACCGCUACGGGAGGGCCGCCGGCGAUCAAAAUACGUACCUUACAGGACGAAUAGGCCCGGUCGAUGCUGUCCUUGUUCGUCUUUCGGAAAUGGGCAAAGUCAUCGCCGCCAGCACCGCAGCGAGUCUUCGGUCGAGCUUUCCAAACCUUGAGCUUGCUGUCCUGACGGGCAUCUGCGGCGGAGUGCCCCAUGCGGAGGCAAAUGGAAUUGUGCUUGGAGACGUGAUACUCGCCAGGAGAGUAGUCCAGUACGAUCUCGGACGUGAGUAUCACGAUGGAUUUGUGGCAAAAACUACCGUGGAUGAGGGUCUUGGUAGGCCGACCAAGACGAUAAGAAGCUUCCUCUCUACAAUUCAAUCGCAAGUUCUUAUUACAAAUAUCGAGGAACGCACAGUAGCCCAUCUCCGAAAGCUACAAAACAAGCCUGUUCCGAAGUCAUGCUCAGCCACAUACCAGUAUCCUGGCAUUGAGGAAGAUGAAUUAUUUGGGCCAACCCAUUUACACAAACACCAGUCUGGUUGCGAGGGCUGCCAGCAUCCAGACAAGUCUUGCGACAAGGCACGCAACCAGACUUGUAAAGAUCUUCAGUGUCAUCUUCAUGGUCAACUAGUGCAGCGGGCUCGCCUCGACAUCCAUGGGAAAGAACAUGGCUCGGCGCCUAUGAAUCCCAGUGUAUUCUUUGGUUGCAUUGGCUCGGGUGAUAAAGUGAUAAAAUCCGGCCAACUCCGAGACAUUAUAGCCGAGAAACACAACCUUGUCGCUUUUGAGAUGGAAGGAGCCGGCGUGUGGGACGAGAUCCCUUGUAUCAUAGUCAAGAGUGUUUGUGACUAUGCAGACAGUCACAAGAAUAAGCAGUGGCAGAACUACGCGGCUGCAACGGCUGCAGCUGCUACCAAAGCCCUGCUCGAGCGCUACCCAAGAACGGACAGAACAAGAUUACCGAAAGUUGACCUUGUUGAGCGAGGCGAUGCCCAGCUCCUCACGGGCGACAAUCAAGUCAACGCCUGUCGAGACGCAUUAUCCCUCAGAGAGCCAGUCGUUGAUCUGGAAACCCUCAAAAGCAGGAAAGGCCAGAGGACUAAAGGCACCUGCAAAUGGAUCAAGGACAAUGAAAAAUACCAAUCCUGGCUUGGUGGCGACUCGCAAUUUCUUUGGAUUUCCGGUGGCCCUGGCAAGGGGAAAACAAUGCUCUCCAUCUUUCUAACAGAGGAGCUUGAGAAGCAUACCCAAAAAUCAAAAGACACGGAACUUUUGUUCUACUUUUGCGACCAUCAGGACGAAAACCGCAACAGUGCCGUGGCUGUUCUUAGGUCCCUCGUGUGCCAACUGCUCUCCAAGCGCCCACAUUUGAUGAAGAGCAUCUCGAAAUACUUUGAAAGUAGUCAGAAAACACAGACGACGGUAUCUUCUGCGCAAGCUCUCUGGGUUGUAUUUCAAACGCUCCUACAGGCCGACCUCGGCACGGUUCUCUGCGUCAUUGACGGGCUGGACGAGUGUGACGGUGAGAGCACAGGCAUGCUAGUUGGCAAAUUUUGCGACUUUUUUUCGCCAGACAAGUCCAACAAGAUGCUCAAGUUGGCAAUUGUUAGCCGAAAGCUCAAGGGGCUAGAGGCUUUUUGUCAGGUGAAUCUAGACCAUGAUGACGAGGGACAUGUCAGCGACGACAUUGCGAAUUUUGUAUCCGCCAAAGUCGAGGAACUUGACAAGGUGCAAGACUUUGGUUGCAUUCGCGAGCAAGUCGAAACCACUCUUGGACAUGGAGCCAACGGCACUUUUCUCUGGGUCAGCCUCGUGAUAAUGGAGCUGUUGAAGAAGACGACAUGUACCGAAAUCUUGGAUUCGCUGGAGGAGUUUCCACCCGGGCUGGACGCAAUGUAUGGCCGGAUGUUACAGAAGAUGAAAAAUAGCCUAGGGCUGGUGGCCUCCAAAAUCUUGCGUUGGGUCGUCAUGGCCACUCGGCCUCUGACAUUGUCAGAAUUAGCAAAGGCUGUCCAAGUCAGACCCUUGGCGAGCCUGAGCGCCGAAAAGGUCAUGAGCGACUACAUCACCUUGUGUGAGCCGAUGCUCAGGGUGCUCAAGGUGGGCGAGGAAAAGGAGAUCGUCGACCUUGUCCACCAGUCAGCCAGGGACUACUUACUAAGACCGAUGAUGUCAGGCAAUUACGAAGCACCUGAGGAGUUUCUCAUCAACACUGGUGAAGCUCAUUUUGAACUGCUAGAAGUGUGUCUGGAUUGCAUUGAGAGCAGCGAUCUGCGUAAUGGGCCCGUAUCUGACGCGUUGGACCUGCAGAAGUCGCCUCUCUUGGACUACGCAUUGCAAUGGUGGCCAGAACAUGCAAGACAUUCUUCUACAUACGGGGAGAAGCACUUGGACCUUUCACGACCCAUGUUCCGCAAGCAAUCUAACUUGCGGACAUAUUGGUGGGUGUCAUAUUGGUGGGCACUUGAAACACCUAUGCCCAUAGACUUCAUGCCUUCAGGCCGACUUCCUAAGCUACCGUUAUUACACUUGGCUUCCUUUCUCGGGAUCGAGUGGCUGGCUCGAAAAAUCUUGUCGGGCCGCCGCUUUUCGAUACUCUCAAGGGUCCUAAAAAAGGAAGAGGAUGAUUUGGGCAACACUCCGCUUCUCUAUGCCAUCGAUCGGGGGCACGAGCCAUUGGUUCAGCUGCUCCUUGAGAAGGGCUCCAAGGUUAAUGUGAAGUCUAGCAAUAGCCAGAAACCGCUAAUUCGUGCGGUGGACUGUGGAAACGGUACGAUUCUGAAACUGCUACUCGCCAAGAAGGGUAAUGUGGAUGAGAAGGACGAGGAGGGCUUUACAGCGCUACUAAGAGCCGCCUUCUUUGGGUAUGAUACAGAAGCGAAACUGCUUAUUGAACACGGCGCCGAUGUGAAUGCGGUGGACGAGCAUGGCAACACAGCGCUAAUAUUUGCUGCUAACAGUGGUCAUCACGUUAUAGUAAAGCCGCUUAUUGAACACGGCGCCAACGUGAAUGCGGCGGGCGAGGAGGGCUUGACAGCGCUAAUUUGCGCUGCCAGCUAUGGUCACGAGGUCACAGCAAAGCUGCUUAUCAAGAAAGGCGCUAAUGUGAAUGCGGCGAAUAAUGAGGGUAACACAGCGCUAAUAUACGCUGCUAAAAACGGUUACGAGGUCAUAAUAAAGCUGCUUAUUGAGAAAGGCGCUAAUGUGAAUACGGCGAAUAAUAUGGGUAACACAGCGCUAAUAUACGCUGCUAAAAACGGUUACGAGGUCAUAAUAAAGCUGCUUAUUGAGAAAGGCGCCAAUAUAAAUGCGAGUAAUAAGCAUAGCGGCACAGCGCUAAUAAGCGCUGCUAAUUCUGGUCAUAAUAUUAUAGUAAAGCUGCUUAUUGAGAGAGGCGCCAAUGUGAAUACGGAGGACGAGGAGGGCUGGACAGCUAUAAUAGGCGCUAUUCAAAACGGUCACGAGGUCACAACAAAGCUGCUUAUUGAGAAAGGCGCUAAUAUAAAUACGGUGAGCAAGAAGGGCGACACAGCGCUAAUAUGCGCUGCUCAACAUGGUCAAGACACGUGUGUGGAGUUGCUCCUCAAGAAUGGCGCUUGUAUUAAUGCCAAGAAUGACUACGGCAGGACAGCCCUGAUGCACGCUGUCAUUAACGGGCACGAUACGACCGUCAAGCUGCUGCUCGCUAACGGCGCUGAUGUAAAUGUGAAGGAUCAGGUCUCGAGGGGUUCGGCAUUACACCUAGCCGCUGAGUGUGGGCAUGAGAACAUCGUGGAAUUGCUCCUUAAGAAUGGCGCUUGUAUUAAUGCCAAGGAUGAGGAUGGCAGGACAGCCUUGAUAUAUGCCACCUUAAAUGGACACGAUACGACCGUCAAGCUGCUGCUCGCUAACGGCGCCGAUGUAAAUGCAAAGGAUUGGAUGGAAGGUUCGGCGUUGGAAUUAGCCGCUGAGUAUGGGCAUGAGAACAUCGUGAAGUUGCUGAAGGCGAGUUUAUCGCAAUAUACUAGUAUAAGUUAG